UUUACCAAUUCACACCCCGGCGCUUUUCCAGCUGCAGCCUGCACACGACGCCAACCUCAAGGUCUCAAUUCCAUUUCUGAUUCUUCUCCUUUUUUUGUGUUUUCCAUAUCUAUAAAUUUUAUUCCUUUUCAUAUUGGGAUUUGAGUGAAAGAUUGAGGAAUUGUGGGGUUUUUGGGAUUUGGUUAAAGAAUCAAGGUUUUGGGCUUCAGCACAUAGAUUCAGGUGUAAUCUGUCUUUUGAGGGUUUGAGGUUUAGCAAGGAAGAUCUAAAGAUUUUGCUUUUUCUUGGUGGAAGAUUCGAGAUUCUUGAAUUCAACUCUUAAGGUGUGAUUUUGUUUGAUGAUUGAGGUUUUGGGACUAUUUCACUGCUGAAAUUGGGGUUUUUUGUUGAAGAAGAAGCAGCUAGGUUUUUGCUGGAAAAAGUGUAGUGGUGAUUGAUGUUUUGGAUUGAUUUGAUCACUGAAAUUGGGGUAUUUUGUUGAAGAAGAAGAGUGGCUAGGUUUUUGUUGGGAAAAGUAGUUUUUAGUUUCGAAAGAAUGGAUCCAAAUCAGCCUCCUGCGAAUAGGCAAACGGAUCAUUUGGGUGUAAACAAGAUGGGGAAAAACAUCAAGAAAAGCCCCUUGCAUCAGCCUAACUUUGCUAGUGCUGCUGGAAGGCAGCAGCCUCAACCCCAAGUCUACAAUAUCAAUAAGAACGAUUUCCGUGACAUAGUUCAGCAGCUUACUGGUUCACCAUUACGCGACCAGCCUCCUAGGCCUCCCCAAACCCACCCGAGACCCCCCAAUAACCGGUUACAGAGAGUUCGCCCCCCACCUCUGGCUUCGACUGGUAGGCCUCAGCUCCCCACUAAUCCUCCUGUCCCUAUGCGAAUGCCUGCACCAGGUCCGAUGCCUUACCCGAGUAACCUAGGGAGACCUCCUCCCCCAGUCCAAUAUGAUCAGCACUCCCCCAACAUGCUGCUACCUUCCCCUCCUCCUGAUGUAUGGGGAAACACUGCUGAGUCUCCCAUUUCAGCCUACAUGAGAUACCUACAGAACUCAAUCAUAGAUUCGGGUCCCAGACAACCCCACCCUUUCCCACAAGGUCAUAUGCAGCAUCAAGUUCCUGCACAAAAUCUACCACAUCCUCAUGCAUUUCCUAACCCAGCCAUGCCUCCAAGAGGAAAUGGACCUCCCACAAAUCUUCCAUCUCCUCGUUUCAAUGGUCCUCCACCCCUUCUUCCUUCACCUAGGGCAAAUGGCCCUCCACCACUUCUUGCAUCACCUCGUAUGAGUGGGCCAAUGCCCCCUCUUCCUUCACCUAGGGCAAAUGGCCCUCCACCCCUUUUACCCUCUCCAACUUCCCAGUUCCUUUUACCUUCGCCUACUGGCUUCAUAAACCUGUUAUCUCCUAGAUCACCUUAUCCGUUACUUUCUCCAGGGUUUGACUAUCCCCCGAUCUCACCCAAUUUCUCGUUCGCUUCUAUGGGCCAGUCUGGAGUUUUAGGUCCCGGACCUCAUCCACCUCCCUCCCCUGGUUAUGGAUUUCCUUUGUCCCCUUCCGGGUGUUUCCCUGUGCCAAGUCCAAGAUGGAGGAACCAAUAACGGUUCACUCUAGGCGAAUCUCAGGAAUUGUGAUGUAAGCUGCGAUACAAAACUUAGUCUUGAAAAUGUUCGAGUCUUUGUACUUUUCCUUUUACCUUAUUUUUUGUAUUCACUCUUUUACACAGCUUUUUGUCUUCUUCGUGCGCAAACUAUGUAACAGCUACUGAACUGGAUUCUUUGUAAUUCUAGUGUUUAGAUGAUUUAGUAGAGAUUUCAAAGCCAACUCUAGUGUUUAGACGAAGCUGAUAGUGUUGUAGAAUUUGCAAAGUUAUGUAUAACUUUAUUGUUUCAUCUAUAUAUGUUCCAUUACCUUCA